CCGGAAAAUGACAUCGCUGUCAAGAAAAAUGGCGGCCAACGGCGUGCAGAACCAUGCGCUUGACCUCACGGUCCUCGGCUUGAAUAGCGGCACAUCGAUGGAUGGCAUCGAUUGCGCCCUAUGCCACUUCCGACAAGAAACCCCCGACUCGCCCAUGCACUUUGAGCUGCUCAAGUAUGGCGAGAUCCCGCUCGAGCAAACCAUCAAGAAGCGCGUCAUGAACAUCAUCCUGCACAACAAGACGUCCCCUUCCGAGCUGUCGGAGGUGAAUGUAAUCCUCGGCGAGACCUUUGCCGCCGCCGUCAAGCAGUUCUGCCAAGACUAUCAAGUCGACAUCUCCACGAUCGACGUCAUCGGCUCGCACGGCCAGACCAUCUGGCUGCUCUCCAUGCCCGAGGCCGGUGAGGUGCGCAGCGCCCUGACCAUGGCCGAGGGCUCCUUCCUCGCCUCGCGCACAGGCAUCACUUCCGUCACCGACUUCCGCGUCAGCGACCAAGCCGCCGGCCGUCAGGGGGCGCCGCUGAUCGCCUUCUUCGACGCUCUCCUCCUCCACCACCCGACCAAGCUGCGCGCAUGCCAGAACAUCGGCGGCAUCGCCAACGUCUGCUUCAUCCCGCCAGACUCACACGGCGGAAUCGAUGCCUGCUACGAUUUCGAUACAGGCCCCGGUAACGUGUUCAUCGACGCGGUGGUCCGGCACUACACCAACGGCGAGCGCGAGUACGACAAGAACGGCGAGAUGGGUGCGCGCGGCACGGUUGACCAGGAACUCGUCGACGACUUCCUCACAAACCAUCCUUACUUCCGGCUAGAUCCGCCCAAGACGACCGGCCGCGAGGUGUUCCGAGAUACGCUGGCCUUUGACCUCAUCCGCAAGGCCGAGAGCAAAGGAUUGAGUCCCGACGACGUCGUCGCGACUAUCACACGCAUUACCGCACAGGCCAUUGUCGAGCAUUACCGGCGGUACGCGCCCGAGGGCCUCAAGAUCGAGGAGAUCUUCAUGUGCGGCGGCGGCGCCCUGAACCCGAACAUCACGCAGUUUAUCCAGAAGAACUACCCCGACACGAAGAUCGUCAUGCUCGACGAGGCCGGUGUCCCUGCGGGGGCCAAGGAGGCCAUCACGUUUGCGUGGCAGGGGAUGGAGGCUAUUGUUGGUCGGUCGAUCCCGGUCCCUACGCGCGUUGAGACAAGGCAGGAGUAUGUGCUGGGCAAGGUAUCGCCGGGGAAGAACUACCGCAAGGUGAUGCGGCAGGGGGCGCUGUUUGGGGCUGGGCGGGAUCAUCUGCCGCCCGUGAGCGAGAUGAUUAAUUACAUUGAUGGGAAGGUGUUUGAUAACAAGUGGUGAGCAUUGGGAUGUGUAGAUAAUGAUAUAUGAAUAGACUGCAUUUUUUUUUACGUAUAUCUAUCUCUUGUUGGGG